AUGGUUAGUGCUUCCCCUGACCUCCUCGCGACCUCCCACGAGCAGGACCUCACCGCCGUCAACACGAACAUGUCGUUCUGGAGGUGCUGUUUCCGCGCCUCCCUGACAAAAGAUGGGGACAAGGAGGGGACAAACGAAGAGGAGCCCCACGACACGGUGAGGUCCGGUUCCUCCCAGCCGCGGCCUGGGGGCACUGCACGCAUCGCCACCGCCCGGGCAGCCGUGGCGGUGCCGCGAGGGCCGGGCGGCUGCAGCCCCGCCGGCCCCAGCCCCGCCAUGGCCGCCUCGCACCGUCUGCAGCCUGGAAGCGGCCCGAGCCGUCGCAGCCCCCGCAAGGGCCGGGAGCUCUGCCCCCUCCCCGACCCAGAGCAAGGGAUGGCGCAAACAGAGGCGCUGCUGAGAGCUGGCACCCUAGCGGGGCUGCUGGCGGCCAUAGAGAUGCUGCGGCGCAUGAUCCGGUUUCACCCCUCCCUUGUCCGCGACUGCUUGGACGACAUGGUGCGCCUGAUGCAGCGCUGCCUGCACCACGCUGACUCAGCGGUACUGCAAGCGGCGCUGCUGGCCGUCGGCGACAUGGUGACCAGCUAUGGGGAUGCCAUGCUGCGCUACGACAGGCCAGGGGCCAGGAUCCCGGGCAGCAGCCUCCUCCUGGACAUCGCCCGCCUCACCCGCAAGGAACUUGGCCUGGCCCAGGCCGCCGAUGCAGUCCUCAGGCGAUAUGUGGAGCGGCUCGACCAGCAGCGAGUGGUGCACAUCCUGGAGCGGCUGCAGAAUAGCUCGCCGCUACGAUACCGCAGCAAGAUCUCCGCCCUCCUUGUCAUCGCCACCUACCGCUUGUCUUGA